AACAGCUCGGCGAGGCGCGUCGCCUCGACUGUUGCGUUCCGCGUUCGGAUUUUGACUCGUUUGAAAUUGACAGUUUCUUUUUCUUCGUUCAAAUUCGACAGUUUUAUUUUUUAAGUGCUAUGUUUGUGUGAUUUUCGGACGGUUACGGUUUGAAUUUGUUAUGGAAAUGUCGCUCCCGAACGGCGUGGACGUGUCGCAAUUAGUGCAGCAUCCUGUCUUGGCCGCGUUGCCGCCUUUUUUCCUGAGAGCUUCAGAGAGAUAUCAGCCUCCGUUUGUCCACCAGCGGACGCCGAAGUGCGCGCGCUGUAGGAACCACGGCGUCGUGUCAGCUCUGAAGGGGCACAAGCGCUACUGCCGGUGGAGGGACUGCGUGUGUGCCAAAUGCACCCUUAUUGCUGAGAGGCAAAGGGUCAUGGCUGCCCAGGUGGCGCUCCGUCGCCAGCAAGCGCAGGAGGAGAACGAGGCGCGCGAGCUGAAUCUGCUGUACGGAGGAGCUCCGGCGCCGCAGCACUACCCGGAGAUCAGCGACGACACGUCCAGUGCGCCUGUUCAGAAACGCGCCCGCAUCACCGAGGUCUGCUCCAGCCCCUCCCCCGAGCAGCAAGACAAGACGCCCGCCCCCACCCCGCCGCUAGCGACCCCUCCCCCGCGCUCGCCCUCAGACCACGAACUCAACGUUGAGGAGGAACUCGAAGACCAAUCAGAAACGUCACUCACGCCCGAAAACCUGUCAAUGAAGGAACGACCUGACGACGUUAAGAAAGAAGAAGAAGAAAAGUGGGAUUCCGAAUUCAAAUACAAGAUGUUCAGGCGCGAUCGUAAACCUGAACCUACCCCCGAGCCAGAAGACUCGUCCUCGUACCAAAAAUCUCCCGUCGACGUCCUCAUCAAAGUGUUCCCUAGACGGAGUCGUACGGAGAUCGAAGCGAUACUAACCAGGUGCAAAGGUGAUGUGGUCGCGGCCAUGGAUAUGAUGGUCAACGGCACUGAAUCCGCUUACAACGUAACCCAAGAGUCACCGCCGUAUUUACAGAGCUACCAAUCAAAAUCUGCGUUCUCUCCGCUUUCAAAUCAGAGUUUUAAAUUCUCUCCUUCUAGAAGAUUCUUGACUCCUCCAUACAGUGGCACGGGAUACUUGCCUACCGUUAUUCGGCCUCCUCCAGACUAUCUAUCAUCGUUCAUGCCUCCAGCUGAACUAAUGUAUGGAAGACAAAUGCAAGUGCCCUCUCCCGGGACCUCCCCGACGUCAGACAAUACAAAUAAUGAAGGAUUUUCCGAUUAGGGGUACCUGAAAUACUGGACCGUGCUGUAGCCACAGUGAGUUGUAAAUAUUCAGUGAUAAACGAUUGAAGUGGGUUCCAGAAAAGCAGAGUAGUGGCGUAAUACUGAGACAAUACAUUUUAAUAUUUAUAAAUAUUAAACAUUUUUGGUUUUGCAUUUUGAAACUUCUUUGAUUAGGUAAACGAAGUAAUGGAAAUAAAACUGGUAGUGCCAUAUAUACAUAGUGGUAUACUUGGUUAAUGCUAGCAGUACUUGUUGUUAUUAUCUCUAAAUGUUACAACAUUUCUGCCAAAUCUAAUACAGUAUGUAAAAAAAUCUUAAUAAUACAAAAUGUUAGGCUAGAGAGAGGAGAUGGUUGAGGAUCGUUGUUUUAAAUUAUACCUUUCUAAAAAAUUAAGACUUACUAAUAAAAAUGUUCAUUUACUGACCUGACUAAAUAUAUUCAUUAACUAUGAAGAGUAACAUACAAAUUGUACAUUCUGCAUUCUCAAUCAUUUUGAGGUAGAAAAAUGUUUCCAAUAAACCAAAUACGCUGUACUUAGGAUUCGAAUGAAAAAAUAACUAGUUAUUUUAAUGAUACUCAGUUUUUAGAUACUAUGUAAAUAUUUAAACAGUAAUACAUAAAAUUAUGUAGUAGAUUUAGAUAAAAUAUUUAUCGUAACGUAGUUAAGUAAUUUUGUGUUAUGAAUGAGAUUGUAUGAGUAUGCGUCUAACGCCAUACUACAUUGUAAAUAAAGAUAACCGAAAAGUACCUACUAUACGUAAUUCCUUAUAAGUAUUUUAGAUUUUUUAAAUUUAUCUUUGACAUUCCAAGCGAGAUCUGUUUUAAAGUAAUCUGUAAACAGGGAUAGAGACUACUCAUUCAGAUACAUGAUCAUUAUUAGCUUUUAAAAUAGAAUAAAUAUAAUUUCCUUGUAACAAUAAUGCUAUGUUUACACGGGAUUAGAAAGUAUGCGUUCGUGAGUGUGUUGCAUCACUUAACUUUGACGUUAUCUUUAACGUGUGCAGGAAAACGCAAAGUACUACAUUUCAUCUAAAUAUCAGCGGAGCGCAGUUAAGUUAAAGUCAAAAUUGACUGCACACUAACGAACGUAUUUACGCGACUUAUUGAGUUUGGAUAGUCUAUGGUAAAAUUAUACAUACGCAAAUACAAAUAAAAUUGAGGUGGAUAUUGAUCCACCAAAGUUGUCAAACACAUUACGGAUAUUGAUCCGUAAUGUGUUCGACAACUUUCAGUUUCGAAAUCGUAUUCGUAUUUUACUAACAUUUCCAAAAAUUCAAUAAUUUUAACGUUUAAUUUUGUUGUUUAAUUUUUUUUAAUGCAAUGAAAUCUAAGCAAGGCGUUGUCGCGUCGCUAAGAUUUUUUAAAUAGAUAUUCGUAUACAUCAAACCUCUAACCCCGUGUGAACUGCGGACAGGUCAUUGUUUGUAACUUAGUGUUCAACUUAAACUAAUCAAAUAUAUUGUAAAUAUAAUAAAUUAGUCGUAGUAGUUUCAGUGCUUACAGUUUUAAGAUUUACCGUGAAGUGUAUAUUACGA